UGCUUCCGUUUUGUAGCGUCUGUGGAAAGGGUUGGCGGUGGUCGACUGGUGGUGGAAGUGGCCGUCUUCUUGUUCAAUCCGAUUGAGGAGACGCCAUUGUAAGUAAAGAGAGUUAUAUGAGCCGAGUAAAAGGUUUUCGGUUUGGUUUCAACCUUUCGAGGCAUGAGUGACAGAGAGCGUAGCUCAAGCCAUAGUGGAUCAAAUCACAGUCCUCCGACUAAUGAGAAGACGCCUACGCCUCCGCGUUCAAGAGAGCACACUAGAAGCCGUACAAGGUCCAAUAGCCCACGUACAGCCCAUCACAAAGGAAGGUCGUAUUCACGUUCCCGGAGUCACUCACGGUCUCGUAAAAUGUCGUACCGUGGUCGUUACCGAUCUCGUUCCCGUUCCCGCACUCCCAGAAGAUACAAGUCUAGAUACUCUCAUUCUCGCUCCAGAUCCUACAGUCCAAGAGGAAAGUACUAUGGCUACAGUGACAGACGUCGAGAAUUCUAUCGCAGUCAUUCUCGAAGCCCUAUGUCUUCUAGACGCCGCCACAUAGGAAGUAGAGAAAAUCCGCAGCCAAGCAGAUGUUUGGGGAUAUUUGGACUCAGCAUCUACACAACUGAACAGCAACUUCAUCACAUAAUGUCAAAGUAUGGACCGGUGGAAAGGGUUCAAGUUGUCAUAGAUGCCAAGGUAAAUCCUAAUGUCAAACUUAUAUUUUGGUGUUACUUGCAAGGUGUAGAUGCAUUGAAAAUUGCUGGUAGUAUGGUUUGUGGCACAUUGGCUCACAACUACUAUGGAGGAUAUCGUGGAGGUGGAGGCUAUCGGGAACGUUCACCAUCACCAUACUACAGGCGACGACGUUAUGAAAGAUCGCGUUCUCGGUCAUACUCGCCUCGUUUUGAUGGAAGAGGUAUUGGAUGAAGUUUGAAGUUGUGAAUAAGUGGGUAGCCAGUAUUGGGGCAAGAAAACAUGAACAGAUCAAGCAAGUCCGUCUACUCGAAGCUCUAAUGACAAAGAAUAUGAUCUGAAAAAUGCCGAUAGAAAACCGAAGCAAAAGCGAAGCAAAAUUCAGUUGCAAGAUCACCCUCUUAAUUGUCUUUAUAGCAAUUGGGAAGACAUGAAUAGCAAAUAGCAAUAGUCAAGAAGUAAAGAAGCAACAUCUUGAAAGGGAACAUAAGGUUAGAAGCAGAAAUGAGGCAUCUGAAAGAAGAUCUGCCAAUGUAAGUUUUUGUGGGUGGUUGACUGGUUUUUGUUUAGUUUACUAGUUAUGGGUGGGUUGAGAAUGCACAUGCCAAUAUUUUUGAUGUGGCUAAUGCAUUUCCAUUUGGCAAUUUAUCAUGGUAUGCUUCGUAGGGAAAUUGCUUAAAAUUUAUGAUGAAUGCGAAGUAGGAAUACAAAGGCAAAAGUUAAGCUUUGAAGCCACGUAGGUGUUGCUGUGGGUGAAUUACCAUGAAAUCCUCUACCUUCCUCGAAUUGCCCUCGGUCCCUGUGGUGGUCACAUGGCUCGUGUGAAAAUGGUGGGAGUAGAUCAUAUUCUUUUAAACUUCAUUCAUUACAUGAUACUUUGGCCGCUUAGGCUUGGAAACCUUGACCAUUGUUUUCGGUAGGAUUCGUUAAAUUAUGUUCUAGGUCUGGUGGUCUUGGAAGAUGCAGGUAGGUUGAAAUAAUGUAUGGAAGGUCUAGAACAUUCUAUACAUUGUUGACAUUAAUCGUAAUAAAGACUUACAUAAAUUGCG